UACACCUAUCUGUAACAAUUUUUUUUCGUCUAUUUACUUAUUAAUAAAAACGCAUGUCGAUAUUUCCAUCCUUGUCUGUUUCGCCCACUACAAGGAGAUUACCUUCAAAAAACUAUCUCUGUCACUCCUCAUAUUUAGUAAAAGAGUUUGAUGUAUUUAAGUAGUGCUCAUGCUGAUAAUUAUUGAAAUUCAGGAAAGGAAAAUAUACAAUCCAUCUGAAAAUGUCGAAUUUUCACAAAGUAGAAGUAACGAAAACAGUUUGGGAAGUUCCUGAGAGAUAUCAGUCACUAUCAGCAGUUGGGUCAGGUGCAUACGGACAAGUUUGUUCAGCACUGGAUGUAGUAACAAAGAAAAAAGUAGCAAUAAAGAAACUAGCCCGUCCUUUUCAGACAGCCGUUCAUGCGAAAAGAACAUAUAGAGAACUGAAACUGCUCAAACAUAUGAGACAUGAAAAUGUUAUUGGAUUAUUAGAUGUAUUUUAUCCAAAACAUGAUAAUAGUCAGAUAUAUUUAGUUACACAUCUAAUGGGAGCUGAUUUGAAUAAUAUAAUACGAACCCAGAAACUGACUGAUGAUCAUGUUCAAUUCUUAGUGUAUCAGAUUUUAAGGGGAUUAAAAUACAUACACUCUGCAGGGGUAAUUCAUCGAGAUUUGAAACCAUCGAAUAUAGCUGUGAAUGAAGACUGCGAAUUGAAAAUAUUAGAUUUUGGUUUGGCCAGGCCAACUGAAACAGAAAUGACUGGAUAUGUGGCAACUAGAUGGUAUAGAGCUCCUGAAAUUAUGUUGAAUUGGAUGCACUAUAACCAAACGGUUGAUAUUUGGUCUGUUGGCUGCAUCAUGGCAGAAUUACUAACAGGAAAAACACUGUUUCCUGGAACAGAUCGUAUCCUUUUUCAAAGAAUAAGAAUUUAAAUUGAUGAAUUUAUGAAGAAAAUUACUUCCGAAAGUGCACGAAGCUAUAUCAAGUCUCUUCCAACACUGCCUAAAAAAGACUUGAAUCAGUAUUUAGGGGGUGCAAAUCCUUUAGCAAUAGACUUACUUGGACUGAUGUUGGAACUUGACAGCGAACGUCGAAUAACUGCCGAACAAGCUCUGGCCCAUCCAUAUUUAACGGCUUAUGCUGAUCCUAAUGACGAACCCACUUCAGCGCCUUAUGAUCAGAGUAUUGAAGACAUGAAUCUCUCAGUAGAGAAAUGGAAAGCUUUGGUGUUGAAUAAAAUGUAUUCCUAUGGUUAUGCUAAGCGCACUCCAAAUGAAGAAAUUUACCAUGCAGAUCCGAAGGAUUUAAUAGAUUUUAGUUUAGAAUUAGGUUGGCGUAAGGCACUUAGCUUAAGGAAGACAACUGUCGUUUUUUUGGGUUUAACAGCCUUGUACAAUCUGAAAAAUAAUCAAGUUAUUAGGAAGUCUAAGUGCAGAAGGAGAAAUCUAUUGAAUCUACUCCAAAGAGUUGCGUUAAUGAAAACAGUUCCUUUUAAGGAAUACAACAAAAUAUUAGCGACUUAUUCCUAUUUUUGAUAUUACUAGUCCUAUGAGGUUAUGUAAUAUUUUGCACUCUUACUUGUUUGUGAUUGUUUAUUGAUUCUAUUCAAAACGUACACUCAAGCGUUUUAGUUUCGUUGUUGAAGAGAAGAUCGAAUGUAGCGUUGAUAUAGGGACACAUAAGUACAACUUUGUGUAAAUUUAUAGAUCAGACAGUGAGAGUGGAGCAGUUUCGUCUUCCAUUCAGGCUCGAAUAUAUAUUGGUUAUCAUUAUUUAUAUAGGCAAUUGAGUCUAGCAGCUAGGUUAUCGAGCUUGGAGUUCUUUAUGAACUUUUCGAAUGUCAAGCAUAUUAUAUGACUUGCAUAAUAAAUACACUUUCUUCAUCAAUAAGUCUGUUCCUCCAUGUGGAUGUCAUCUCCACCAUAGUCAAGUUUUCGACUUUUGAGUGUUGUCGUUCGCAAGGAGGCGACAGGAGGUUAAUGGAAAAACAGAUUUCUCAAUAGUAUACAAUCGACUAUAAGUCAGUGGCGUGUAUAUAUGAUUUUAUGUGCGCAAAAAUAUUUGCUGUUGUAAUGCUGCGAUUUGAAGGGCAGUUUUUAAAAUGUCUACAAUUGAAUAAUUUCAAUUUCAUUAAUAACGAACAAGAAAAAUAUAUUUCAAAUCGACUAUUUCUGUUGUGUAUCGCAGCUAGGAGAUAAUGUAUUUUUUAAUAUUUUCGAGUGAGGACAUCUUCCACUUGUACGCCACUGCGGUACUGGCUAUGCCAUCAUCUAGUUGCCGGUUUGCAGUGAAAACUGCAGAGAGAGAGAAAAUGAUUUCCUUUCGGCACUAGUUAUCUAAGAUUACCACAUCUAUGUUGGGACUGUCAUUUACCUUUGACGAGUGGGAUUCUAGCUUUGUGUUGAUCCCACUAGAUGGCAUCUUAUAUAUGUUUGUAUUUAUAUAUUUGUUCAUAGUAACAUUAUAUAUUUGCAUUGUAUUAAGUAUUUU